AUGGCAUGGUUCAAGAAGAUGGACUGUUUUCUAGCCGGUAUCUGGUGUAAGAGAAACAAAUCUCGGGUGCUCAACCCGUGGCUUACACAAGUGCGGCUAGGCUAUCCAAAUACACAAGGUGACAGCGCUACUUCAUUAAUAGCGAGUUACGAGCGACUACCAAGCACUGGGAAAUCUCAGAAGUUCAUGCUUCGGGUUUGGAAGUAG